AUGUCGUUCGACAAAUCCCCUCCUGAAAUAGUGGAGAAAGCUGAUAUAACUGUCAAUAGCGAUGACGACAAUCGCCGCCUCUCUCAAGCUUCUGCUCUACACCCCAACCAGGAUUGGACGCCGGCCGAAGAGAAAGCUCUGCUGAGAAGAAUUGAUCUGCAUAUUUUCCCUAUGCUAUGCGCGGUAUUCGCCCUUUCUCUACUUGACCGAUCUAAUAUUUCCGCUGCCUACAUAUCUGGCAUGAAGACUGAUCUUCAUUUUAACAUCGGUGCUCGCUACUCUAUCGCCCUUCUUGUCUUCUUUCCUGCAUUCGCCCUCUGCCAGAUUCCAUCAAAUUUGAUUAUUCGCCGACUAGGGGCAAGAACCUGGCUCAGCUUCCUCAUCACUGCGUUUGGUGUUGUUGUACUAGGAAUGGGUUUCGUGAAAAGUUGGAUUCCAAUGUUGGUUUUAAGAGCAUUAUUAGGUGCUUUCGAAGCUGGAUUACUUCCCGGAUCCAUCUACAUGAUUGCAUCAUGGUAUAAAACCUUUGAAACUGCAAGUCGCAUUGCGUUCUUCUAUACGAGUGCCUUGGUAGCUUCUGGCUUUGGCGGCAUUCUGGCAUACGGGCUUACCUCGAUACAUGUGGGAAAUGGCAUGUACAAGCAGAGUUGGCGUUGGAUCUAUAUUAUUGAAGGGUUAAUGACCAUUGCUGUUGGCAUCGCAUCUUUCUUUACCAUAGGCGAGUUUCCGGAGAAAGCACGAUGGCUGAAACCUCGAGAGGCACACAUUGCUAGGAUGCGCAUCUUAAACGAUCGAGGUGAAGCAGAGUACAAAAAAGUGCCUUUAACACAGACUUUGCGUUUGAUCAGGGAUCCAAAGUUGCUCCUAUUCUGUCUCCAAUACUUUAUCACCUCUACUAGCGGUUAUGCCAUUGGUUACUUUUUCCCUAUUAUAUUGAACGAAGGAAUAGGCUUUAGCUACACUACGUCUUUAAUCUUGACGAGCCCUCCAUAUAUUUUUACCAUCAUCGCGAGCUUGGGAUUGGCCUGGCUAUCGGAUAAAAUUCGUAUGCGGUGGCCGAUAAUAGUCUUUCAGGGUUCAGUUGCAAUCGCCGGAUACCUCUUGAUCCUUUUGCCCAAGAUUCCAGGAGUCCGCCUCUUUGGGGUAUUUUUGGCUGUAUUCGGAUGCCAGUCAAAUGCUGCUGCUGUGGUUGCCUAUGCACAGAAUCAGACUGUGGGGACUGAAAAGAGAUCCAUGUUAUCUGCACUUAUGGUUACUGCAGGAGCGGCUGGAGGUGUGACUGGUAGCACUAUUUUCCGUUCUCAAGAUGCUCCGCUUUACCUGCCUGGAAUUUGUGUAACUCUUGUAACGCAGCUUUUACUAAUCGUCGCAACCUUUUCAAUGAGUAUGUACCUCAGGAGACAAAACCGCUUGGCGGAUGAGGGCAAGAUUGGUCCUCUGGAGGGCGUCGAGGGUUUCCGAUAUUCCCCAUAA